AUGCUCCGUUUCAUUCUGUUAUUCGCUUUCUCGACAGUUGUCACCGGAUUGACGUGUUAUAAUGGUCUAAAAUUUAUAAGCGGCGGAUCGGUGGGUCAAUCGACUGAGGAAUGCUCGGGCUCGGGAGACUAUUGCUACAAUAUGUCAGCGUCAGCGGUGGUGAUGAUCGAUGUGAUGAAAGCCGGAUGUUCGAAGUGGAGAUGCAUGUUGGCUCAAGAUACAUGCAUUCGCACGAGUUUCCAAGGAAUCCCUGUCUCGUUGUGCUGUUGUUCAACAGAUCGUUGCAAUGUUGGCGAGUACUCUGGACAGAAUUUCAACACAAACAACAAUAACAACAACAAUAACAACAACUGGAACAACAAUCAGGACAAUCAGGGUGGAUUUGGAAACAACAAUAACCAAGACUCGAAUGGAUUCUCGGAUUCACGUGGAUCACAGCAACGCCGACCAUCACACAGUCGAGAAGACGUAGAAAAAGCCUUUAAAAUGGGAAUUGAUUCGCCGACACAAGAGCCGAUGACUCGUGGAGAUCGACAUGGAUCGAGAGGAGGAAAUGAUAAUGCUGGCGAUGAGGAGACGUUUGAGCGAAUCGACGUUCGCUACACGACUCAACGCCCGAAAACUGGUGGAUCUGGGAAAUUCUCGUCGGUUGCAAAAGGCGGUGAGCUGACGAAUCGCCGCGAGUCGACUGGAGGAGAAAUCGAGAUC